GAGUUUGUACUUUCUUUGCUUUAUGUAUCAGGCCAAGGCCAGGCGCCUGCUGUUAUCUCCGUUUCAGCUCUGACUUCCUCUCCAAAAGUGUUCGACUUUACCAUCUUUGGAUACCGGAGAUCCCGGCCCGUCAUCAUCUUCACUAGUUACUCGCAUCUAACUGCGAUUGGUUGUGGAAAUGAGGCUCGUCGGCUCAAGGAGGAGGCGAGGGUCCGUACUCUGUGUCUUGAUCGCAUGCGCACUCUUUGCAGGUAUUGGGCUUAUGAUCCUCACACUCAGGUCCAUCGAUCCAUCAAUCGACGCUGACCUUCGCAUCAAUACCAACCAAAAUGUUGUACAAGUAGAAGAAACCGAUGCACUUCUUAAUCCACACACUGAGACCGCUGGGACAACAAGUAAAGGAUGCGCAACAGUGGAAGAGAUGGGCGAAAUCUUUCGCCGAGGGUUCUUGGAGGAAAGUCUCAGAGUGAGACAAGUUAUUCAACACCACUUUGCUAUCAACGGUGCUUCAAGAGUCCGGGGCCUUCCUCCAGAGCAGUUCUGCCGACAUGGUUUUGUGAUAGGGAAGGCAUCUGAGGCAGGAUUUGGUAAUGAAAUGUACAAGAUCUUAACUGCGGCAGCAUUGAGCGUCAUGUUGAACCGGUCACUUAUUAUUGGGCAAACCAGGGGAAACUAUCCUUUUGGGGAUUACAUUUCUUAUUCCAACCUUUCCUUUACGUUGAAAGAAAUCAAGCAUCUGUGGAGACAGAAUGGUUGUGUGACAAAAUACGGAAGACGCUUAAUUAUGAGGAUUGAUGAUUUUCAGAAACCUGCACGAACAAAUGUCCUCUGCAGCAAUUGGAGGGGAUGGAAGCAACCCAUCAUAUGGUUCCAAAAUACGACAGAUGCUGUGGCAGCUCAAUUUUUCCUGAAGAAUAUACACAUUGAAAUGAGGAAAGUGGCUUCUGAUCUCUUUGGAAGGCCAGAAAAUCUUCAAUACAGGCCCAACGUGUUUGGGGAACUGAUGAGAGUUCUCAUAUCUCCUUCGGAAAAUAUAGAACAGGCACUGAAUUGGGCUCUUAAUGGGGGGCUGGAUCCUGAUAUCACGUUGCACAUGCGGAUGCUUAUGAACAGAUCUGUGAGAGCGGUGCAGGCUGCAUUGCGUUGCAUCAAAAAAGCCAUAAAUAGUAUGCAACUGGUGUCCAGACCCAGAGUGGUUUUAGUUUCAGAUACUCCCUCUGUGGUGAAGGAUAUUGCACCAUUUUUGUAUGGAUUUGCAGAGGUUCUUCAUUUUGAUCAUAAUCGAUUUGAAGGUAAUAUAUCCAGCAAAGUUAAUGGAUUGCAUAAUUUGAAUUUUAGAGUGAAGGAUUGGGGGCCGGCACCCAGAUGGGUAGCAUUUGUUGACUUCUUUCUUGCGUCACGUGCAAAACAUGCUGUUGUUUCCGGGGCUCACCGACGAGUUGGGACAACAUAUGCACAGUUAAUUGCAGCCCUGGCUGCAGCAAACAGGCUAGAUAAUUCUUCUGCUGGUUCAAGGUUUUCGUUCUUGAGUAGCUUCCAAAGUAAUGUGCUUUCAGAAGGUUUAAGAAAUCAGGUUGGGUGGGGACAUGUGUGGAACAGAUUUGCUGGUCCAUUGAGUUGUCAUAAGCAGUCCAAUCAAUGUGCUCUCACGCCACUGCUUCCUCCGGCUUGGUGGGAUGGACUUUGGCAGUCACCGAUUCCACGGGACGUUCGCAGGAUGGAAGCAUUCGGAAUCCAACUAUCUGGUUUCGGAACUUUUGAUGACGAUCGCCUUCAUGCUUUCUGUAAUUUGAGGAAAAAUGUGGUGGUAACUGUUCCACUGAUUUGAUUUAAUUUGAUUUUCUCACCUCAUCUGGUGUUUGAAUUGUAGCUGUUAUAUUCAUUUGUCUAUCUAGUUGAAUGUCAAUUUGUAUGACUUAAUGUGACCCACAUGAUUUUGAAACAUUGGUGAUAAAUUAUCAGAGAUUAGUUGGGUCAGAUAAUCAUAAGAUUAUCAAUCCCGAACUAACUGGGUAACUAAUGUUUUCUUAUUGGUUAAUGAGAAGCAAUGAUUUUUUU